GGUGCCACCCACUCUGCCCCAGAUCUCGUUUGCCACUAGCAGCCAACCAGUCGGGCCCAAGUCCGCGGACCAAAAGCGAUUGGGGGCCAGUGAGCUUGGCCCCAGAGUCCCUGGUGCCCCCGCCCCGGCCCCAGGCGGUGUAUCCAGCCCUCCCGGCCGCCUUCCUCUUGUGGAAGUGGAACAGCGGCCUCGCUGUAACGCAGAGGCGAAAUGUAGCGAGCCGGGGUUCGUGGCUGGACGCUCGCCUUGGCUGGGGGUGUAGGGGAGGGCACGCCGGGGGCCAAGGAGGACUGCCGAGGAAGAGGAGUGAUGAGAAGAGGGGGAACCUUGCACCCCCUAAGACCACGGGCCCCUGCUGCCACUCGCCAGGCGCCCCCCUUCCUCCUAAACGAGGGGCAGGUGUUCCACACAGGUUCUCGUGACUUGAAGAGCCAGGGAUUUGGGGAGCUUCAGGGUCUUCCCAGGAAGGAAGGAAAUCUCCAGAAGAAAGGUGAAAGACAACAGACGGUGCCCUGGGACCAGCAGAGCCCAAGAAGCUGUGGGAAACUUAAGGAUCCCAGCCAGAGGUGUGGGAAGAAGCCACAGCUCCAGGCCUAGGCUGCCUUCUGAAAGAUUUGAACCCAAGCUACUUUUCAUGAAAGAAGGGCCACCUCAGAGGGUACCCCAGACUUGACUGGGCUCUUCUGCUCUGGAUGUCCCUGCUCUGAGGAGCCUGCUGCUGAGAACCAAAGAAGAUAAGAGGUCAGAUUAAUUUUCCCCCAGCCCAGUGCUGGACGACAGGAAUCAGGCAUCUGCACCCCUAGUGGCUGGCUGCUGGGUCUGGUGAAGAGUUUCUGGUUCCCUCCAGCUUGCGGUUUCAGUGCUUGAUGGGGCUGCCUGUUGGUAGAUCAGUUUUUGCAGCGCCUGGUAUGAGCAGAGAGCCGUGGGAAGAGGUCCCGCGGCACCCAAGCCUGGAUUCACCCCAAGACUAAGUUCUUUCCCGAGUUAGAAAGGGAGAGAGAAAAAAAACUAGAGAGAGAGAGAGAGAGAGAGAAGUUUCCCCCUUUCCAUCUUCCCUUCCCGUCAUGUCCUCUAAGUCAGAGCCAAAGGACAUCCACCAGCUGAACGGGACUGGCCCUGCUGCUUCACCCUGCUCUUCAGAUGGCCCCGGGCGAGAGCCCUUGGCUGGGACCUCUGAGUUCCUGGGGCCUGAUGGGGCUGGGGUAGAGGUGGUGGCGAUUGAGUCUCGGGCCAACGCCAAGGGGGUUCGGGAGGAGGAUGCCCUGCUGGAGAACGGGAGCCAGAGCAAUGAAAGUGACGACGUCAGCACAGACCGUGGCCCCGCACCACCCUCCCCGCUCAAGGAGACCUCCUUUUCCAUCGGACUGCAAGUGCUGUUUCCCUUCCUCCUGGCAGGCUUCGGGACUGUAGCUGCAGGCAUGGUGCUGGACAUCGUUCAGCAUUGGGAAGUCUUCCAGAAGGUGACAGAGGUCUUCAUCCUGGUGCCUGCACUGCUGGGACUUAAGGGGAACCUGGAAAUGACCCUGGCAUCCAGGCUGUCCACCGCAGCCAACAUCGGGCACAUGGACACGCCCAAGGAGCUCUGGCGGAUGAUCACUGGGAACAUGGCCCUCAUCCAGGUACAGGCCACAGUGGUGGGCUUCCUGGCAUCCAUUGCAGCCGUGGUCUUUGGCUGGAUCCCUGAUGGCCACUUCAGUAUCCCGCAUGCCUUCCUGCUCUGUGCCAGCAGCGUGGCCACAGCCUUCAUUGCCUCCCUGGUACUGGGUAUGAUUAUGAUUGGGGUCAUCAUUGGCUCUCGAAAGAUUGGAAUCAACCCAGACAAUGUGGCCACUCCUAUUGCUGCCAGUCUGGGUGACCUCAUUACCUUGGCUCUGCUCUCAGGCAUCAGCUGGGGACUGUACCUGGAGCUGGGUAACUGGCAAUACAUCUACCCCCUGGUAUGUGCCUUCUUCGUGGCCCUGCUGCCCGUCUGGGUGGUGCUGGCUCGACGGAGCCCAUCCACAAGGGAGGUGCUGUACUCGGGCUGGGAGCCUGUCAUCAUUGCCAUGGCCAUCAGCAGUGUGGGAGGCCUCAUCUUGGACAAGACUGUCUCAGACCCCAACUUUGCAGGGAUGGCUGUCUUCACACCUGUGAUUAACGGUGUUGGGGGCAAUCUGGUGGCCGUGCAGGCCAGCCGCAUCUCCACCUUCCUCCACAUGAAUGGAAUGCCAGGGGAGAACUCGGAGCAAGCCCCUCGCCGCUGCCCCAGCCCAUGCACCACCUUCUUCAGUCCUGAUGUGAAUUCUCGCUCGGCCCGAGUCCUCUUCCUUCUCGUGGUUCCAGGACACCUGGUGUUCCUCUACACCAUCAGCUGUAUGCAGGCCGGGCAUACCACCCUCACACUCAUCUUCAUCGUCUUCUACAUGACAGCGGCACUGCUCCAGGUGCUGAUUCUCCUGUACAUCGCAGACUGGAUGGUGCACUGGAUGUGGGGCCGGGGCUUGGACCCGGACAACUUCUCCAUCCCGUACUUGACAGCUCUGGGGGACCUGCUUGGCACGGGGCUCCUAGCGCUCAGCUUCCAUGUCCUCUGGCUUAUUGGGGACCGAGACACGGAUGUCGGGGACUAGCCUGGUCACUCAACCUUCUCCCCACCCUCCGCACUUUCUUCUUGAAUUUUGUCUCCUGUCCCCCUUCCUCCACCCACUCCAUACUCCCACCUCUUUUUAGGACUUCACCUUGAUACCGAAUUCUCAUUAUUUUCAAUGGGAAUUUUUAUACAUUGAGCCAAGUUUGUAUAGCAAGAAUUCAGGCAGGACGGAUAGACUGAGACAAGCAGGACAAGUAGAUUUUGAGACAAUCACCAAGUGCAAUUUCAUGGUGGGUGCCUCCAGGUGAGGUGGAUUGGGGCAGGAGUUUCCAUCUGGAAUCUGAGGACAUGCUGUAGCAAACUUAGUCUUGGCCCUAAUGAGAAACCCUUUGUGAGUGGGCUCUGGUGUUUUUGUUUUCUUUUUCUUUUCUUUUCUUUCUUUCUUUCUUUUCUUUCUUUCUCUCUUUCUCUCUUUCCCUCUCUCUCUCUUUCUUCUGGUUGAACAGAGGGAUACAUUUUACUACUCCCCACCCCCACACACACAUACACUUCUAGAAAAGGACCAACUUCAAGGCACGAGGCAGGAGACCGCUGCUCUGGGCUCCAUGUAACCCUAACCCUGUUCUCUGCCCUCUGGACCAAGGCCCUUCUGCUCUCGGAAAGGGUGAGGUGGACUGACUGUUCGACUUGUGUGCAUGCCCCUCACCCACUUGCCUGGUAAGCACCACUAACCCCUCCCGGUCAUCUUUUUGCAAUAGAUUGUCACAUUCAGGAAGAAACGAACAGUGGCCUGGUUUCCUCGUUGACCCACAUUCACCCAUACGUUUGCCAAGAUCUAUUCUGUUCUCUCUGGGCCCAGAGGAUUAAUUCUUCAUCUCUGUUCACCUUCAUCUCUAAUUGUCUCUAAGCGCUACCUUCCCCAGAGCUUGCCAGAUUGGGUCCCGAGGUUAGGGGCGGGAAUGGGUAUGUGGAGAAUGUUAGGAGGUUGAGGGCAGCCAGGGGUGUCUCUUUGCUGCUGUUUCUCCUGAGGACACAUGGUCAUGUGGUCCCCUUAGACUGUCACCUCCUAAAUCCCUGCAUUCUGUCAUGUCAUGGAGGUCAGUUGUCUUCUCUCUUGGCUCCUGCCUGUACUCACCAUUCAUUCACUUACUCAUUCAGCAAGUUCACAGCCCCUCCGAGAGGAGGGCUUCUGCGGGCAUGGUCUGAAACAUUCAUUGAGCAGUAUUUAUUGAGUGCCUACAUAUUAGGUACUGUACCAGGCACUGAGUAGCCAGUGGUAAGGGAAAUACAGCUCUAACCUCACCUCAUUCCCCAGAUAAAGGCCACAUGUUCCUUUGAACCCAGCAGAAAAAGUUUCCUUGCUGUGUUUGCAUCUGUAUCAGCAAGCCAGGUUCUGCCUCUGGAUCUCCCCCCUAGACCCCGCCUUUGUAAACACUGACCGCAGCUAGAGCCCCCAGCCCCAUGGCUCAACCAGUGUUUAUUUCUCUAAAUGACCCUUCCUCGCCUUCCAUAGCCUCCACCUCUCUUCACCAGUCACCCAAAAAGGGAUUCGAAGCUAGUAGACUAGACAUCAGAACUAGCAGACUAGCUGUCAGCUGGCUGCCUCUGCUUUUCUCUGACUAGCACAAGGUUUGGAGAACACUGGAGUCUCUGUAUCUUACCCACAUGUUACACUGAACGGAUCGGAAGCCUGUCCACGCUCACACACGUACAAAACUGGGUGUUCAGAUGCAGGGCUUUUUUCUAGCCUAUCUACAGCCUUCCCAGAAACCCUCCCCUCUGUCCCCUGAAGGACCCACUUCCAGGGGAAGGCCAAAAAAGGACCUUGUCUCUUACCAGCACCAUGCCUUGUCCCAGGAACUUGCCCUGUACCUCCAGGUUCUGUCUUCUCUCUCCCUCCAUUUCCACCCAGGCCACCUAGUGGAGUCUAGAACCUUAGAGUUGGAAGGAAUCGUAGAGGUUAUCUAGUCAGAGCUGUGUCCAGCAGAGUUCAUUAACACCAGCCUGGGCUUGUUUCUGCUCCUCGGGCCUCGAGUCUUGUCUCCCACCUCCAAACACAUUUCCACACGGGCUCUUCUCCUACAGGCACCAACACCAGCUCCUCUGCCCCUGAGGCUGUGCCCUGUGGUCCCCAGUCCCUCCUGCCCCCGUCCGUCACACCCUUUCCUUGUCUCUGGAGUUUGGCCAGGCUCCCCCAGAAGACUCUGGAGCACCUUCCCUUGCCAAAAAUGCAGGAGGGUAGGCGCGCCCGCAGCCCUGGAUGUGUGAGCAGGAGGACUCUGGGGCGAGACGGCAGGAGAGUGGAGUGGGCUUUCAUGGGAGACUCGCUUCUUUUCCCCCGACCGCACAGACUGCAUGUACUUCGGCCUGGCUGCAAGGAGCGACAUUGGUUUACUCUCGUAUCCUUAAAAAGUUACAGAACUGUGUCUUAAGAGAAUUAUUUAUAGUUACUAUAACUGAAUUGACAAAUGUCAACAUAACUGAUAAAUUAUAUUUGGUAAAUAAAGAGGACGUUUAUUUA